AGAGGAGGAUGGAUGCCCGGGCCAUGCUUCCCCCCAUGAUGGAUGAUUUUGGGAGAACCAAGGAUUGCCGGGGACACCUGUCUGACACUCCGGCUCUUUCUACAUGUACCAAUGCAGAUAUUUUCAGACUGGUAAAUGCCAUGUUGGACGACUUUUUGGAUGCCGCUGCGGUUCAUACCACCCCCAAGGCCAACGCAGACUAUCCUAAUACAGAGGGGGCAAGCAGAGUGCUCUUCCCUACAACCCAAGAUCCAUCCCCUCGUGGUCCUCCUGACCCUGACAACGCCCGCUGCGGUCUACAGUUUCCUGGCCUGACUGGCUGGGACCGAGUAUGGAGCUCCCUGGACCUCGAGGUUUCUAGGCAGUCUAGCACACCGACAGUAACCAAGUCAGUUUUCAACCUACUCAAAAACCCUCCAGCAAAUCCACCACCUCUUGGCUCCUGGCCAAUGGAUCCCAUUGGCUCAGACCCGGCCCUCCUGCUGAAUGGCUCCAGAUUGGACAGCAGUUUGAUUUUAGAAUCCCGCUCUAGCAGCCCCUCGAGUUCUGAUACAAGUGGAUUCCACUCUGCCUCGGAUCACCUUACUGACUUGAUGUCAGGUUUGCGGAUUUCUCCUCCUCUAUCAUUGCAAUCUUCGAGAGGUGGCGUAUCUCGAGACCCUUUGAAGUUGGCCGUUGGCUCAAGGCGGAAUCCGGACAAUGCUUCUUUAGCAACAGCUUCCCACUUGAGGAUGUCCAAGAGAUGGCCGGGCCCUUCUGUCUGUCCAUCCCGGGACCUUUUAGAAUCGGCACACGACCCAUUUAGUAUUGAAAGGGAAGCUCGGCUGCAUAAACAGGCUGCAGCUUUAAAUGAAGCAUCUUACACAUGGAGUGGUCAGCUACCUCCUCGCAACAAGAAUCAGGUUUAUUCCUGCAAGGUGUUUCUCGGUGGCCUUCCCUGGGAUGUCACAGAGUCAUCCCUGAUAAAAGCAUUCCGUGUGUUUGGUGCUCUGACUGUUGAGUGGCCUGGUAAGCAGGAACUUCAUCCACGUUGUCCUCCUACAGGCUAUGUUUAUCUGGUUUUUGAGUUGGAGAAGUCAGUGAGAGCAUUACUUCAAGCCUGCACCCAAAAGUUGGAAAGACGAAAUGAGCCGUGUGAACACUUCUAUAGAAUGUCAAGCCGCCGAAUGCGCAGCAAGAAGGUGCAAGUCAUACCUUGGGUGCUGGCAGACAGCAACUUUGUUCUCAAUGCAUCGAGUCGCGUGGAUCGCACUAAGACUGUGUUUGUUGGUGCAUUGCAUGGCAUGCUAAGUGCUGAAGCCCUCGCCACAGUAAUGAAUGACCUUUUCGGUGGAGUGGUUUACGCCGGCAUUGAUACCGAUAAGCACAAGUACCCGAUUGGUUCUGGACGCGUCACUUUCAGCAACCAGCGCAGUUACCUCAAGGCGGUGAGCGCGGCUUUUGUGGAAAUAAAAACAUCCAAAUUCACCAAGAAGAUUCAGAUUGACCCGUACCUGGAAGAGUCUGUGUGUCAGGUCUGCAGUUUACAGUUCGGUCCAUUUUUCUGCAGAGAGAAGGUUUGCUUCAAGUAUUUCUGCCGUUCCUGCUGGCACUGGCAGCACUCAAUGGAGGACCUGCGUCGCCACUGCCCGCUCAUGCGCAAGUAGAAGAGGCGGGACUCCAGAUGUUGACCAAUAGGAAUAUUCUGAUUAGAUGAUGAGGUCCUGUGUCCCCCUCUCUAGGGGGCACAUUCAGCACUUAUACAUUCCUGUUGACAGGCGGCAGUUGAUGAAGUCACCUGGCAGCGGAUGGUGGGGGGGGAGUCAUGUGAUUCAAUCACCUGGC